AUGGAGUUGAAGCUGGAGAAACCCAUGUCGAAAAAAGCUCUCAACCUCGCCGGAGACGAUGCAGAAAGUGCAAGCACCGAAUGUAAUGUAGCCAAAGUUCCGGAGGUUGCGGGCUGUCGAGGUCAUUUCAGACGAUGGAAAAGGACGGCGCUCUGUUUCCCGGCACGGCGGAGGAAAGGAUGCUUUGCUCAGUUCACCAAAUCUGCAGGCAACACUCACACAAGCGACAGCUACGUCGGGCAGCAUACAACAAAGAUGGCGAACGAUGCGAUCGCAUACAUCAAGAAGUGCUUAGGAGGUGGAGAAGAAGAAGCGCUUGUGUUCUGUGGCCAAGGCGCAACUUCCGCCAUUAAAAGACUGCAAGAAGUGAUGGGAAUUGCAGUGCCAUCCAUUCUGAGAGACAGGGUAAUAGAGACCCUAAAGGAAGAAGAAAGGUGGGUUGUUUUUGUUGGACCUUAUGAGCAUCACUCCAACCUCCUCUCAUGGGGGCAGAGCUUGGCGGAAGUGGUAGAAAUUGGAAUGGAUGAAAAUGGGGUUUUAGACAUUGAGAUGCUCAGAUCCCAACUUGAGGCGUAUAAGAAAGCUGGAAAGAGGCAAAUUUUGGGUUCUUUCUCAGCUUGUAGUAAUGUAACAGGAAUUUAUGUAGAUACAAAAGCUAUUGCUACACUGAUCCAUGAAUAUGGAGGCCAUGUUUGCUUUGAUUUUGCUGCAAGUGGCCCUUAUGUGCAAAUAGAUAUGCAAUCAGGGGAAAUUGAUGGCUAUGAUGCGAUUUUUCUAAGUACUCACAAGUUUCUUGGAGGGCCUGGAUCACCUGGAAUCCUUCUGAUGAACAAAAGUCUCUAUAAGUUGAAGUCAUCUCCUCCAUCAACUUGUGGGGGUGGUACUGUGAACUAUGUCAAUGGCUUCAGUGAAAAGGACACACUGUAUAAUGAAGACAUAGAAGAGAGGGAAAACGGUGGAACACCACAGAUUAUAGGAAUAAUAAGAGCAGCUAUGGCUUUUGAGGUAAAGGAAUAUAUCAGCAACCAUGAGAUAGAGAAGCAAGAGCACCAGUACGUAGAGAGGGCUUUGAAGAGACUUCUCCCAAAUAGAAGCAUCUGCAUUUUAGGGAGCACGUCUUCUAAGCGUCAAGCCAUAUUAUCUUUUAUCGUUUACUCUUCGACUAAUUCGUCGCCCAACUGUAUCACUGAUAGAUUAUGUAAACCUAACAGCAGAGAAAAGGCUGAAAAGAUUUACAUGUGGAAAGAGACAGGGUAUAUGAGAGCAAAACCUCUUCAUGGCUCUUUUGUUGCAGCACUCCUGAGCGAUCUGUUCGGCAUUCAGGCUCGAGGAGGAUGCAGUUGUGCCGGUCCCUAUGGUCACAAGCUGCUCAACAUUGAUGAAAAAUGCUCGCAUGCCUACAGAUCUGCCAUUGCUAAGGUAUCUUUCAAUUUUGCAUUCCAUGAAACAGUGAACUUUGUCCAAACUAAAUCUCUAACAACCUAAUAGGGCUAUGCUGGAAUAAAAC